UGCAGUGAGUGAGCGCGCCGAGCAGGUCCAACUGGUUUUACCUCCUCUCCUCUGUGCUGAACUGAAACGGAGCAUCCUGCUCACAGCUCUCAGCAGGUCCCCCGAGGCACGGCUACAGGAGCUCCGAGCUACCUCACUGGGCUUUGGACUCAGCAGGUCAAGGUCAGGUGUAAAUUGGAAGUUUUCCUUUCUCCUUGUUCUUCUCCCUGUCCUGCCUGUGCUCUACGCGACUCCACCGAGCAGCCGCCGUCCUCCACACACUCACACACACAGCCGCCAUCACCACCUGGAGCCCACCACUACCUAAACAGCAGUAAGGAGUUACCUUCUCCCUCGUCCGGUUCUGAUGGCAGACGGUCGGCAGCCUGAGGACAGCGCCCCCCAGUGGGCAUCGCCUGGAGCCCAGGGGUCAGCCAGCCCAGUUGGUCAUGGAGAAAAUGGCUUCUCCUACAGGGCAUGCCAACCUGGUGGCGCCCACGCUGGCUCUGCUGCAUCAUACGCCAAAGAGAACGGCUUUAACGGAGAUUUGCCGUCAGGCCAUGUUGUUACUGCAGAGCAAGUCUCUGCGCGGAUCGUGCAGGAGGUGACGGCGGAGGCUGUAGCAGUGCUGAAGGGCGAGCAGGAGCUCCACCCGGACACCGCUGUCAGACUGCCCUCAGUGGAAGAUUCUGCUAAUCUGCCCCCAUCUCCUCCCCCCUCACCUGCAGCAGAGCACUUUGGUCCUCUGGAGCAAGAUGUAGGGGACGAGGAGGAGGCUGGGCCUCUCCACCGCUUCCAAAAUUCUCGGGAGAGGUGCAAGUUCCUCGCCCCCUCCAUCUCAGUCUCAGUGCCCGAGGAUGACCCCUACUACUCUGACGAGGAGUACUAUGACCACCCCUUAUUCAGCCCAGAGUGGACACUCUCUGGCGCACGGCCUUCAGGGCAGGCCGCUGCCUUUAGGCAGAUCGAAGAAGAAGAGACCAUAGAGGCUCUCUCCGCAGCGGAGGAGGAAGAGGAGGACACUGCAGCAGCAGCAGCAGCUUUAGAGGAGCAGGAGGAGCUGGAGGAGCAGUGGAGUGGGGAGGAGCCUGAGCAGGAACCCCCAUCCCAGCUCUUAGAACAGGCAGAGGUUGUAGGCGAGGCCCAGGCUUUGCCCUGUCCGCAGGCCGAAGUCCAGGCUCUUACUGCUGGCCCUGGAGCUCCUAACGGGAGUGCCGAGGAGGCAGGGGGGGAAGAGAGCCCUGAGAAAGCUGUGAAGAUGGACACGGAAAAGCCAUGUGGAGAGAGGGCCGCACCAGUCGGCAUGGACUUCACUGAAUCCGAGGUGCACCCUGAUGAUCCUCCCACUUACCAGAGUCUUGUUCCUGAGAAAGACUUGCCAGAUACCCCACUACCUGCCCCAUGUGACACCGAGGCUUUUGCUAUUCCCCCAAAUGGCCAGAGUCAUGCCAAAGAGCCGCAGGAACCUUCAGCUCAAAAGCCUGAUUUACAAAUCAGCAUUGAGAAACAGGCUUCUUCAGAUGCACCCGACUCCAGUAAGUCUCAAAUGCAUGGAGAGCAAACACUAGUCGAAGCCAUGAAUGCUGGAGACAAGCAGAUAGAAGCUAUAGUGAGUGCCAAAACUCCAGAAGUGCCUGAAAAAGAGUCUCCUAGCUUGGAUAAAGAAGGAGAACAAACUAAGGACAAAUCUGGAAUGUCUGCUUAUUUUGAGACCACAACCCCAAAACCUGAUGAAGCCAGAGGCCAAGGAGAAGGUUAUUAUGAGCUCAGUGCUGCCUCAGAUGAAACUAAAGAUGCCACUCCUUCUCUUCCGGAAAUUAGCUACAGUACCCUAGCUCAGACACAGUCUAUGGAUGAAAAGCCUGCAAGUCAAAAGGGUACUGCAGAGUCACAAAUCGUCCUUCCGCCAGCUGAAAAGGGCAGGGAUGAUUGCAGGCUCUCUCCUGGAAAACUAGCCCUGGAUCAAAGAAGCUACUCCCUGAAUAUCACAAUCGGUGCUGUCGAUCAGAGUGGAGGCCAAGGGCGGCCCAGGAACUUCUCCCCCUUAGCGACUGACAUCAUGUCUUACACCAGUGGAAGCCUUGACGAAUCCGCUGACUACCUUCCUGUCACAACUCCAUCAGUAGAGAAACUUCCCGCUUUCCCGCCACUGAUCCUGGAGACGUCAGCAUCUGUCACAACUCCAUCAUCCUCUCCACCCCAUGAGACAGUGACUGAUGUCAGGACCACAAGUCCACAGGCUGAGUCCCCAGAGUCUCCCUUCCCCUCAAAGUACUACUAUAAAAAUGGCGCUAUCAUGGCUCCAGACCUGCCUGAAAUGCUGGACUUGGCAGGUACUCGGUCAAGGCUGAUGACUGAGAACAAUGACCCUGAGAUUAUGAGGAGGAAAUCUGUCCCUGCAGAUAUGCCAGCCCUUGUGAGUGACUCUUUAGCUCAUUUGUUUCAGGGUGACCAGAGCCACAGAAUUGCAAAAAGUGAAAGUCAGUUGGAGGAGCAGGGAUACUGUGUUUUCAGCGAGUACUCAGGUCCCAUGCCAUCUCCUGCAGAUGUGCACAGUCCAAUGGAUUCCCCACCAACCCAAAUCUUCAACACAAUGAUAUCUGAGGAGAAGGAGCCAAGUCCAGCUGCAAGUGGACAGGAGAGUCCAUCUUCUAAAGAUGUGAAAGAGGAAAUUACCCCAGAACCAAAGGAAGAGAAGGAUACAAGAAAGGAACAGGGCCAGAAAGAUGACAUUGAGGCAGAGAAGCCAGACAAACAAGGAGAAAUACUUAUUACUCCAACUGUGACAGUUACCUUGGAAGGAGCAAAGCCUGGUCUUGAUGCAGAGGCCAAACUUGCAGCUGAACAAGAGGCUGAAAUAGCUGAUUAUGAGAGGCAAAUCCGCAAGUUAGAAAUGGAAGACAGGCCUUUGAGUGUAGAAGAGGAGCGGGAGCUCCAGGAGCUGAGAGAGAAAGUGAAGAAUAAGCCAGAUUUGGUGCACCAGGAGGCCUAUGAGGAGAUCGAUGCUGAGGAUGUGUACCAGCUCACUGGAGUGGCUAAGGACAGGAUUGCUAGACCAGUGAAACCAUCCCCAGCAUCAUCAGUGGAGAGCGCUCCAGAGGAGGAGAAAGUUCAGGUUGUCACAGAGAAACCUAAACUAGUAGAAGAAAUUGAGGCUCUGAAAUCAGAGCCUGCAAAGUUGUCUCCUGCUGGAUCUUUUGAGAAGCCCACUGAAGAGAAGAAACCCUUAGAAGAACCUGUUAAAGAGAAAGAGAUUGCUGUUGAGGAAGAAACACAGCCAGAUCUUGCAAAAGCAGAGGAGACUCCCAUUUCUAGCACAGUGGCACAAGGUGCAGAAGAAGUAGAACUAGCUGAGGAGCCUGAAGAGUUCAUAGAGGAAGCAAAAAUAGUUGAACCUUCAGAUUUGAUACCAAAGAAGGUUGAAACAGAGGACGUAACAGAGAAGAUUGAGACAGAAAAGACUGAGAAAGAAAAGAUUGAGACAGAAAAGACUGAGAAAGAAAAGAUUGAGACAGAAAAGACUGAGAAAGAAAUGAUUGAGACGGAGAAGGCUGAGAAAGAAAAGAUUGAGACGGAGAAGGCUGAGACAGAAAAGAUUGAGACGGAGAAGGCUGAGGCAGAAAAGAUUGAGACGGAGAAGGCUGAGGCAGAAAAGAUUGAGACAGAGAAGGCUGAGGCAGAAAAGAUUGAGACAGAAAAGAUUGAGACAGAAAAGAUUGAGACAGCGAAGGCUGAGACCGAAAAGAUUGAGACAGAAAAGGCUGAGGCAGAAAAGACUGAGACAGCGAAGGCUGAGACAGAAAAGAUUGAGACAGAAAAGGCUGAGGCAGAAAAGACUGAGACAGCGAAGGCUGAGACAGAAAAGAUUGAGACAGAAAAGGCUGAGGCAGAAAAGAUUGAAACAGAGCAUGUUGAAAUGGAACUUGUCAAGGAAGAGGUUGAGGAGAAAGUUGAAGAGAAAGAGCAAGAGGAAUUGAAAGGGGCAGGAGCACCAGUAGAAGAAACCACAGAGCCUAGAGCUGCAAUUGAAUCUGUUGUCACAGUGGAAGAUGACUUCAUUACAGUGGUGCAGACCAUUGAUGAACGAGAGGAACCUGGUCACAGUGUACGAUUCUCUGCUCCCCCUGAGGAAGAGCUGCCUCAGCUGCUCCAAGAGGAAGAGGAUGAAGAAGAAUCUGUGGAAAUGGCCCAAGAAGCAGAAAUGGAGGCUGCUAGUCUUGAGGAAGUCCCGGAUGUCCCAGAUGUCCCAGAGGCUGUUCAGGCCCCUGUGUGCCCUCCUAAGGAGGAGCCAGAGAGUGAGGGGCCCACCGAGAGCUAUGAUGACUACAAGGAUGAGACCACCAUUGAUGACUCCAUUUUGGACAGCUCCUGGGUGGACACUCAAGCAGAUGAUGAUAAGAGCAUGGCUACAGAGAAAAUCGAGCCUCCUCCCAUGAUGGCAAGCCCUGCUAAGAAGCCUCCUGCUGAGAAGCCAGUCAAGCAGAAGGCUAAAGGAGGCAGGCCUAAAGGAAGAGUCUCCACCCCGGAACGCAAGCCUGUGCGGAAGGAGCCUGUGCCAGUCCAAAAAGAGGAGAUGAAGAAGAAAAAAGCUGUGAUUAAGAAGGUUGAUCUCACAAAAAAAUCUGAAAAUCAGAGCCGCUCUCCCUCCCGGAAGAGUGUUUUAAAGGCCGCCGUAAGGCACCCUAGACCUACCCAACACCACGUCUGUGCUAAGCGGAAACCCACAGUGUCAGCAGAUGGACGACAGCCCCUCAGUGCUGUGAGGCACUCCAGGGACAGGGCAUCUGAUGGAGGUUCACGGAGCCCGGAGAAGAGGUCAUCUCUGCCUCGGCCAGCGUCCAUCCUGACCCGCCGCUCGCACCCUGCCGAACACGAGGAGAGCUCCACUUCCAUCACUAGCUCUGGAUCCACAGCACCUCGCAGGCCCACAUCCUUCCGCACUGAGGUCAGAGCGGAGCACAGGACAGGCAGGUCCCCCAGUAUGACAGGUACGGAGUCAGCCCGUUCCCGUUCAGCCCGUAGCGGAACCUCCACGCCCCGUACUCCGGGCUCCACGGCCAUCACCCCCGGCACUCCGCCCAGCUACUCCUGCCGCACCCCGGGGACUCCCCGCACCCCAGGCACCCCCAAAUCCCUCAGCCUGCUGUCUCAGGAGAAGAAGGUGGCUGUCAUCCGCACGCCCCCGAAAUCGCCCGCCACCACACCCAAGCAGCUGCGCGUCAUCAACCAGCCGCUGCCUGAUCUCAAGAACGUCAAGUCCAAGAUUGGCUCCACCGAUAACAUCAAAUACCAGCCCAAAGGAGGCCAGGUACAAAUUCAGUCCAAGAAGCUUGACCUUAGUCACGUGACCUCCAAAUGCGGAUCACUGGACAACAUCCGCCACAGGCCAGGGGGUGGAAAUGUGCGCAUUGAAAGUGUGAAGCUGGACUUCAAAGAUAAAGCCCAGGCCAAGGUGGGCUCUCUGGACAAUGCCCACCAUGUGCCAGGGGGAGGACAUGUACUGAUCGAAAGCCACAAACUGACGUUCCGUGAUAUGGCCAAGGCGCGAGUGGACCACGGGGCGGAGAUUGUGAUCCAGUCGCCUGGCCUUUCGGGCGACACCUCGCCCCACCGCCACAGCCACAUGUCCUCAUCUGGCAGCAUCAACCUGCUGGAGUCACCGCAGCUGGCAACGCUGGCUGAGGAUGUGACCGCUGCCCUGGCCAAACAGGGACUGUGAAACCCCACCCAUUAUCCCCAGCUCCAAGACACAUAGCUAUAGCUACCACUCAGCUAUCUCCCACACUCCGUCUCCAAAAGCAGGAUUUUUAUAAAGCAGGAUUUCUCAGCUUUUUCUUUUGCAUUGUUACCCCAGACAGUUAUUUCGACACAUUUUACUGUCCUGAAAAAGACUCAAAGCACACGUAUAAUAGAAGUCAAUGGCAGGUUGCACCAUUUAGUGGGGUACCUGCCCACUGGCUUCUAUUAUAACUGUGUUUAAAGUCAAUGUUUUCACUUUUUUUCUGUUAUCUAUAGUAACCAACUCUAUAUUACAGAAGAAAAGGACGAAGAUUACGUUGAAAAAUGCUGGAUUUUUCCUUUAGGCCCAAAGUGUCCAAUUAGAGUGAAGCUAAUCUCGGACAAUCCAAGCAUUUGGCUCAAGUUAUCCAGCAUUACUGAGACAUCCUGCCUUGUGAAUCACCCCUGAUCUACAGUAGUCUCCUCUAGUGGUGUUAGUAGUGGUGGGCAGCAUCCCUCUGACCGUUUCUGGAAUCCCAUCCACAUCACACACUUUAUCUGUCGACUCAACAGCAGCAACCUCCUGGAGCUGGAUUGGACUUUAUCUAGGAAAGAGGAUAAGUGGGAAAAAGACGUGGAUCAUUGUUUGGAGUUUUAUUUGAUUUUGUUGGAUUGUUUUUGUCUAAAAGUACCUAUUACUUAGCUUAGAGAGGUACCAGUGCUUUUAUUCUCCCUGUUUACUGUGUGAGUGGCUCUUUAAUUUGAUUUUUUUACAGUCGUGUACAGAUACUGAUCUCCGAUCAGGCUUAGCUAUUGGUACGCAUUAGGAAGAGAGCACCAGGGGCUUUUUCUACAACGGACAGGAGGUCACCUGACCAUUCCAUGCGGCAUUAUUUUACGCAGUUCAGUGCAUGGGGUCUGAAAACACACGCAUCCCGAAAGCGACCUAAAUAUGCUCACCCAGCCAUCGAUACGACUACGAUGUAUGUUAAUAUAUGUAUAAUUACACCGAUUAUUUGUCAACAGCAUCUUAAAAAAAACACAAAUAGAAAACAUUACACCUUCUAUAACUUGUAUCUGUACAAUUGCAUUAUUGCAACUAAAAAAAGAGAAAAAAAUUAGAAUAUGGUAUGAUGAGCAUGUGUCAAUUCUAGGACAAAAAGAAGCUAUUUUCUAUUUCAAACGAAAGGAUUUUAGUAAGUUAUUUGCCGAAAUCAUUGGAUAAAAUGAGCAUUUCAUGUUUUAUAGAUAUUAGUGACAACGAUGUUACGCUUGUUAAUCAUUUCAAAUGACUGUGUUGCCAUUGCCCAGGGGUCCAAGCACGUAAAUGCGAGAACACUGCGUAUUCAGAAAAGGAGUAAUUGAACCGGAUUUUGGACGACAUCUGUGCGGUAUUACACCAAGAAUGAAACAGUGCAUGCCCUAAUGCACUAAUGCAGAUGGUUGGAAAGCUCCUGGUGGGCACGUCUGAGCACUUUAAGAUGAAAACGUUGGCUCUUUUUUAGUGCAGAAAGCCAGUAGCCACUGUCUACGUACUUCAGACUGCAAACGGUCCCUCUGGGCAUGCGGCUGUAUGAGCAGCUUUGUGGACAGAGCUGUGGGUCUUAUUUAAUUAUUCACUGUAGGGAGCAGCUACUCUGGACCGUCAGUCAGACCCUCCGUACUCUGCCGUGUUCGACUUUAGAUGCUUAGGUUUGCUUUACGUGUAAACUUAGGAGGUGGAAAAAGAGACAAAACAACACAAACACAGAAACAACAACACAAAAGCUACAAAAAAAAAAAAACUCAAUAAGAAAGGUUUCGAAAAAAAAAAAAGACAAACUCACUCAUCUC